UUGCCCCUUUAAUGGAGGAAUAGAUUUCAGCAUCACAAGCACAGACAAUAACGCAAGAAAGAGUCAGAUUUGCAGUAGAAAUCCUGACCUGAAACCAAUCAUGGAAACAUAGAUCAGAGCACAAGGAGAGGAAGAUGUUGGCCCUACCUGGCUUGUCGUGUUCUUGUAGCCAGCGUACAUGUGUCUCUCACUCUAUAUCUGAUGUCGGGGCUACCCAACUCCUGGUGAUCGUAUGAAGCUGUGCGUAUAGUGACGCACGAUCUAUGCUUUGGCCGCUCCAAGCCUCUGCUCUGCAAAGCAACAAAAGACCUUUUUCUUUUGGAUGAACAGCGUAAGGAGCGACGUGUCUCGUCAUCUUGAUGCCACGGUGAACCAGUGCGCUGGGGAUUGUAUCUAGUAGCUGCUGCAGAGGACGCGGAGAAAGAAAGAGGAGACGGACCUUCGCAGAUGUGGAAGAGGAAGAGGACACGACGCUCGAUCCGGUUCCCAGCCCGAUGCAAGAUGGGCUCGAGCCCAAUAAAAAUGGGCUCGAUCUCUGCCCCCGCAAUAGGACGACAACCUUUCGCUUGCUUUUUCCCCCUUCUGCUUUCGACUCGUCGUCUGUUUCCUGCGGCUCGAUUCUUGAGAAGCGAACUGAUUUCCAGGUAAAUUUAGGACAAACGUUUCCACCUUUCUUGAGAUUUCGUGAUUUUUCUUCCUUUUCGCCGCUCUUGGAAUCUGGAAUCAGGGUUAGGGUUUAUCGUUCUGGGUUCCUUUGGACCUCCCUCUACGGCUUCGGAUGACACCCGGUUCCUAGGGUCGUCCUCUGCGAUUUCAUGUGGUAACUGUGCUACUUUCGAGACCCAUCUCGACGAAGUAAAAUAGCUUUUCUUGUUUGAUCUUUCGAUGUUAUUUUCUUGGAUCUGUGCUUUCGAGCUCUUCGGUGAUUGCGCUGCCAACUUGGUAUCAAUCAUGGCAGAGUGAAUGAAGGUAGUACUCUCAGAAGCAAGGAGACCGUCAAAGGGAAGGGUACUCACGAGUCAUAGCUUCUUUUGUGCCAGCCAGUCUAUGGCUCCAGAAAAAGGAUCUGACCAUGAGAUCUCUGGUUGAAGUUGGUCGAGCAAUAAAAUCUCAGUAAAUGAUCAUCUCCUGAUGCAGUGUUGAUAUUUGACUUGGAAGAAAGCAUAUGACUGAAGUAGUCGAUGACACUGAUGCCGGAAAGAGAAGACGUUUGCCCAUUUGGAUGGCGAGGGCAAGCUACUCCGGUGAGAAAAGGAAUUAUGGGGCAGGAGAUGGAUUGCAAGAUGCUGGUUCCGAGCCAAGGUCCACCGCCAGAACGCAGAAAAGAAAGCCAGCUCAGCCUGUCGACCAUUUGGAUGAGUUUGAAGCGACUCGAAGGACCAUUGCUAGACAAAGAAAGAGAAAAGCAAGUAGAAGAAAUGUCGGCCAGGACAGUUCCUUGAGUAGCAAUGGAAUAGGCGAGACAAAACCUACAACAGAAGAAACUGAGCAAGGCGAAACAACAGUCAAUAAUGCGGCUAAUUCCGUAAAGAUCGAAAGCAGGAAGUCUAAAAAAAGGUCCAAAACCAGUGUGGUUCCUUGCUCUCCAGCGAGUAGCGAGAGCGAAAUCGAGCUCACGGUUGAAGACCUGGUGCGGAUUGCGGAAGAGUAUGUAAAUGCUGACCGGCAGAAGCAACACGGAAGAUCGACUGCAAAGGAACCCAGAUCAGAAAUGGAUCCUCCAUGCUCUUCAGAUUCCUCUGUGGUCAUCGGAGGAGCAGGUCCUGGCCAAACUGCCUGCCCCAGCCUAGCAUUAUCAAGAUGCACAAAGACUUCAGGCCCCAAUUUUCCCCAAGCUACUCCGCGAACAGGAGAUGCUGCUCAAGAUAUGUUGGAUCUCCUUCUGGGUCCUCUCCUCAAGAAACCUACAUCCGAAGAGCAUGAGAACAGAACAGUGGCUACAGAAACUAUGAACUUGACCCAUAAACCUAGUGAGCCAUCCACCACGAGCAAGGCAAUCUGGAAAGAAGAGGUGCUGCUGACUAAAAGGAAGAGCAGCUUGAAGGAUAAGGUGGCCAUGUUACUUGACUAGGUGAACUUCUUUCAUUCAUGGUACCUUGUCAAUACAUUGAUCACGUCAACCAACCUUUCUUUCA